AUAAUAAUAAUGAAAAUAAUGAUAAUAAUAAUAAUAAUGAAAAUAAUGAUAAUAAUAAUAAUAAUGAAAAUAAUGAUAAUAAUAAUAAUAAUAAUAAUAAUAAUGAUAAUGAUGAAAAUGAUAAUAAUGAUAAUGAUGAAAAUGAUAAUAAUAAUAAUGAAAAUAAAAAUGAAAAGAAUGAUAAUAAUAAUAAUAAUGAAAAUAAAAAUGAAAAGAAUGAUAAUGAUAAUAAUGAUAAUGAUGAAAAUGAUGAUAAUAAUAAUAAUAAUGAAAAUAAUGAUAAUGAUGAAAAUGAUAAUAAUAAUAAUGAAAAUGAGAAUAAAAAGAAUGAUAAUAAUAAUAAUAAUAAUGAGAAUAAAAAGAAUGAUAAUGAUAAUGAUAAUAAUAAUCAUGAAAGUUAUAAUUUUUAUAAUGAAAGUAGUUUUAGUUUACUAAAAAAAAAGGAUAAUAAUUCUAUUUAUUGCAAUAAUACUUAUAUUAAUGAACAAUUAAUGAACCAGAAAAAUGUUCAUAAUAAUGAAGUUUCAGAAAAUAAUGUAAAUAAUAUAUAUGCAGGAAAUACGAAUAACCAUAUUAAUAAUUCAAAUAACAAAAAAAAUAAAUUAUUUUUAAUUGGAGUUGACAAAGAAAGUCAUGAAAAAAAGAUUAUUGAAAAAAAUUCUUAUUCAAGUGUUGAUACGUCUUUAUCAUAUAAUAAUGUGCUAAUAAAAAAUAAUGUUAAUUUGGAUAAAGAUCAUUACCAAGUGUUUGAUUCACUGGGCAAAAAAAAUUAUGAAAUAAAUAAAAAUACCUUAUUUUUAAAUAAUUUUAACAAUAAAGAGUUAUCUGAUAAUAAAUUUAAAAAUAGAAAUUCCAACAAUACCUUUAAUGUAAAUAGUAAUGAUUUUUCAAAAAAUGUUCCUUCUAUGUACGAAAAUAAUAAUUUAAAUGAUACAGAUGUGCAGUUAUUUAAUAAUAAUUUGCAUAAUCACUAUUUAACUAAUAGCACAACAGUUGUACAACAUAUUUUGAAUGUUAAAAAUACAAACAAUUCUUAUUAUGAGAAAGGUAGUAUUAAUUGCAGCAGUGCUGUUAAUAAUAAUGAAAUCGAAAAUAAUGAAAAAUAUUAUAAAAAUAAAUAUAAUGGCAAUGAUUUCAUUUAUUAUGAAACAAAUAGAGAUUCCGUAAAUUAUAGUAAUAUGAAUAAUUUUAAUAUGCCAAAUAUAGUUACAGAUCAAAUAGAUAAAAGUAAUUCAAAUACAUAUAUGAAUAAUUUUAAUAAUACACUUCGUGCUUAUGAUAAAAAUAUGAAUUAUAAUUUAAAUGAGACUUACGACUAUAAGUUCAAUAAUGAAAAUGCAUUAAAAGAUUCAAAUAACCAUGAACAAGAAUUAUAUAAAAAUGUUAAGAACAAAAUGAACGAUGAAUUAAUGCUCUUCAGAAAAAAAAAAGUUAAGAAUUGGUCUACAAAUUCUAGCGAAAAUAUAAAAAUGAGAAACCAAUGUGACGAUGCUUCUAUUAAUGGAAACAAUAAUUUAAUGAAUAGAGAAGAAUACAAUAUUGUAAAAAAAAAAAAAAUUACUCAUUAUGUAGACAAGGAUAAAGAAAAUACUUCAAGUCUUGAUAAUUCUAUUAUUAAUUAUGAUAUCAAUUUAAGAAGAUGCUCUAGUAAUAUAGAUAUUAAAAUGGAAUUUUUAAAUGAAACAAAAGAAAAAAAAAUCACCAAAAAACCUAUACUGAAUAAAAAUGAUUUAUAUCUAGAAAGCAAUGAAAGUAAUGCUAUUGAUCAUAAUAAUAACAUUGGUGCUAACUUUCAUUGUGAAAUUAAAUCAGAAAAAAAUAACAUUGAAAUAGUUAAAGGCAAUAAAACACUAGUUAAUAGGGAAGGUAAAUAUAACUCAGUUAAUUACAGUACAUAUAAUAAUAAUUAUAUUGAUUUAAAUAGCAUAAAUGGUGUAAGAUAUAUCAAUGAAAAUAAAAAUUCAAAUAAAAAUAAUUAUUUAUAUAGAGGUAAUAUAAUGGAAAAUACAAAUGUGUAUUUAACAAGAUGUUCUAACAACAAAAACGAUGAUAAAUUUAUUUACGAUACAAGUUCAAUAUACAAUAAAAAUAUAAUAGAAAACAAUUCAUCAAAUUUAAUAGAUAGUGAUAAGUUUACGGAUAUUAACAAAAAAAAUGAUAUUAACAUUAAUUGCAAAUGUAUACCAAAUCAUCAGAAUAAUAAAUUAAUUACAAAUGAAGAAGACAUGUGUUUAAAUAAAGUAAGCAACAACAAUAUUAAUUUAGAUAUAGUAUCAAAUGAUAAUAAAAGUCACGAAGAAAAUUAUCCUUUUAAUAACAAAUUAAACUGCGAUAUGCAGUAUAAUUAUUCAGAACAGAUUAGUACUAUUUGUGAUAAGAAAGAUCACGCUUUAGAAAAUUAUGAUUCAUUAUUGAAUAAAAAAAAAAAUGAAAAACAAGGAAGAAAACAAAAACAAGGAAAAAGACAAAAAAGAAAUUCAUUAAAUGAUACAGAAAUAAAUUAUAUAAUGAAUCAAAACAAAAUAAUGCAAGGAAAAAAUAAUGAUUCAUACAACAAUGAAAAAUUUAUUUCACCAUUAAAUGAAAAAACUAACAUUUCCUUAUAUAAAUCAAAUGAAGAAUUACAGAACUCUUUUUCAAAAGAUAAUAUGAAUUAUGAUAUAUCAGGAAAAAAUGAAUCAAAACAAAAAGUUUUAAUUGACGUUUUAAAAAAUAAAGUAAAUUUAGCUAAUAAGGAAGAUAUAAGUGGUAUGGAAUAUUAUAGAGAUUAUGAAUCUUCCCAAAGUAUUAAAGGUGAUAUAUUAAAAAAUGAAAAAUUUCCUUUUAUAUUCUAUGAUUCUGGUAUUAGAAAUUUAGUGGUUUAUUAUAAAGAAGAUUACAAUGGAGAAAUAAAAAGUAAAUAUUUCUCAGCUCAAAGAUUUGGUCAUGCAACAGCUAAAAAGAUUGCAUUAAAUUUUUUAAGAUCCUUAGGAAUUAAUGUUGAUUAUAUGGAAAAUAAUAAUAUAUUUUCUUAUGAAAAAGAUACGAAAAGCAAAUUAUAUAAUAUAGGAAAAGUUAAGAUGCAUAUAAAUAAAGAAGAAAAUUCAGAUAUUAAUCUAACCUAUGAUAAAAAAAAAAGAAAUGUUAUUGUUUCAUGGAUAAACAAAUACAAAGGUUAUAAUUUUAGGAAAUUUUCAACUCAAAGAUUCGGUUUUGAUGUUGCUUUGUGCUUGUCUAUUGAUUUCUACAGAAACCUGGGUGGAUUAAAAGAAGAGGAAGAAUUAAGAAAUUAUAUCAAUGAAGUUAAUAAUAAUUUUAGAAACAAUAGAAAUUUAGCAAAUAAAAAAAAGAAAAAAACAAUAAAUGAUAAAAUUAAUGAAAAUACAAAUUACAUAGAUAAUGUUCCUAUAAAUAAUGAUAAAAAUAUUUAUGAUAACACAACUUUGUUUUUUAUAAAUAAUAUAAAACAUAAUGUAGAAAAUAUUAAAAAGAAAAACAUGGAUAGUAAUGAUAAUAAUGAUUUUCAUAAGUAUACUAAUUUAUUUUAUACAUCAGAUAAUUUUUAUCAUAUAUUAGAGUAUAAAUUAAAAAAAUUUAAAGAAUAUUUCAAUAAUGAUAAUGUAAAAAUAAAUAAAAUUUACCAGUAUGAUUUUUUCUUAAAUAGAUCCUUUUAUUUUUUAUAUUUAAAAUAUCUGGAAAAUGUUAAAUCCUUAUUAAACGAUGAAAAUUUUCGAAAUUGUUCACAAAUGUGUGAAGAAAUUAAAACAUAUAGCAUCAAUUCCUAUAAAAAAGUACAAGAUAGCAUCAUGAAAUACUAUAGAAAUAAAAAAAGUAUGGACUACUUUAAAAUUAUUGAUAGCUAUUGUGACAAUGAUGUUCAUAAGAAUUUUAAUAAUAGCACUUUUAAUUAUUUUAUUAGUAAAAUGGAUUGCUAUAGAGAUGAAGAUAUUUUAAUGAAAGGUUAUUAUACAUCUGAUGAUUCCAAAGUAUAUGAAAUUUUAUUUUUAACAAAUGAUAACAAAAAUAUCAUAGAUACAUGUAAUAUUAAUUUAGAUAAUAAUAAAAAUAAUAAAGUAGAAAUUAACAACAAUAAUAAUAAUAAAAGAAUAACAAGAAAUGUAAAUAAUGAAAAAAAGAGAGAUUAUCAGGAAUUUCAUUUUUAUUAUAGUAAUAAAAGAAAAAAGAAAUAUAACGAUGAUGAUAAUAAUGAUGAAGACGAUGAUGAUGAAAUUUGGGAUUACAAUGAAAAAAAAAAAUCAAAAAAAAGAAAAAAAUAUAUAUCUAAAUACAAAAAGAAGAAUAAUAAUAAAAUAAAAAAUAGAAAUAGCUUAAUAUCAAAAAAUAAUAAUAUUAUAAAUAGUAAAAAAAAUGAAAGUUGUUUCAUGGAUGAAAAAUUAGAAAAUAAAGUGUCAAUUAAAAAUGAAAAUUCUUCAUAUUCAAAAAAUAAAAAAUUUUUAUCGACUAGUAAAAAUAUAAAUAAUUUACUUAUGAAAGGAAAAAAAUAUAUUCUGUGUUAUAAUUAUAUGGGAAAAAUUCAAGUUAAAGUAUUUAGUGCUGAUAUAUAUGGAAUUGUGACAGCUCAAAAGAAAUCAGUUGUAUUUUUGCAGCAAGUUAAAAAAGAACUUAAAACUGAUGGGAAAAUUUUAUAUAGUGAUUAUGACAGCAAAAUUGCAUUUGAUGUAACAAAUUCUUUAUUAGAAAAUGUUUUAUUAAAUUCUUCUGAACAAGACAAUUACUCAUUGAACGAUUCUGAAUAUGUAAGUUAUCCUUUUAAUGUUAAUAAUGGCAAAAAUCAAAGAAAAAGGAGAAGAAAUAUAAUAGAUGAAAGUUAUGAAAAAGAAGAUGAAGAAGAAGAAAUAAUUGAAGAAGAAAAAAUAAAUAAAAAAGAAGGUAAAGAAAAUGAAGAAGAAGAACACAAAGGAAGUGCACAAGAAAUAUGCUAUGGAAAUAAUGAAGUUGAAAAAACAGAACAAGAAAUGGAAAAUGUAUUAAAAAAUAAAGUAAAUGAAGUUAAUGCAAAUACCAAUAAUAAUAAUAAUUAUCCCAAUACUUAUAAUAAAAAUAAUUUGAAAGAAAAUAUCUUUCUAAAUAAUAAAAUAAGUGACUAUACUAAUUAUCAAAAUGUGCAUUAUUUUUAUGGGAAAGAAGAAAGUAAUGAAAAUAAAAAAAAUGAUGAAAAUUGUUAUGCUAAAAAAAUGGUUAUGAAUGAUGUUCAUGGUAAUGAAAAUGCCGAAAAUUCAAUUAAAAAUUAUUUAGAAAAUGACAAGUUUUAUGAAAUAAAUGAUACAGAAAGUAAAGAUUAUAUUAUAAAAGAUGGAUAUGGAAACAUUUUAGAGAAUAAAUCAUGUGAUAAUUUUAUAAAUAAUAACUCAGUCGAAAUAAAAAGUUAUGAAAACAAUAUUUCAAAUAAUGAAACAGGAAGAAACGGUAAUAGAAAUAAUAUUGAAUAUAUGAAAAAUGUAUCGUAUCAAAAUCAAUUGAAAGGAGAUAUUAAUGCAAUAAAAAACGCUGAUAGUAUUUCAUUAAUUAACAAAAAAGAAAAAAAUACUAACAAUACUAAUAUCGAAGAUGUAGAAAAAGAAAAUAAAAUUUUAAGUGCAAACGAAAAUGAAACCAAUUUUGUUAAUCAAAACAAUUCUUCUGUGCACAACAAUUCUAAUGUAAAAAAUGCUUUUUCAGCUUAUGAAAAAAAAAAUAUAAUGGAAAAUGUUAAACAAAAUGUAAAUAAUUCAAAUAGUUAUAAUAAAUUAAAUUGCGGAAAAAAAAUUAUUAAGGGUUUUUUGACUUUAAGAAAAGAAAAAAGUAUAUUUUCAAAUGUAAAAAGAGUUUAUUCAUUAUAUGAAUUAUACAAUAAAAUUAUUAAUGAUAGUGACUAUUCAGAUUUCUUAUCACAAAAUAAUAAUCAGAAACUUUCGAAAAAUAAAAAAGAUCAACAAAAUGAAAAUAUACUUCAUAAAAAUUUAUCUACCAAAAUCAGUAAAACAGGAAAUAUUAAAAAAAUUGUGGAAAAUGAAAAAUCAGACAAAAACGAAAAAGAGAAUGAACUGGUAAAUAAAAAUGAAAAUCAGAAUCAAAAUACCUAUGAAGACGAGAAUGGAAUAGAAAGUGAGAUAGAAAAUGAAAAUGGAACCAUUGAGAAAAAGAAUUUAUCUAUUAAUUUAAAAACAAAAGAAUUAAAAAGAAAUAAUACUAUAUAUAAAAUAUAUAAUGUAAAAAAUGACUGGAGUGGAUUAGUUAAAUACAGCACAUCAAAAGGAAUAGUUAAAAUACCUAAAAUAUGUGUUCAUAAAUUAGCUAGAAAAAAAGGUUAUAUGAAAUUGACAUGUAUAAUUUAUAGAGGGAAAGGAGAAUUCGUUUCUUAUUUCCUGCAACGAUCAAAUAAAAAAAUUAAUGGUAGAAACUCUCUAAAAAAUGAAGGUAAUAACAAUAAUUUUACGAAUUCAUAUGCAUAUUAUAACACUAAUGAAAAAGGUAGCUAUACUAGAUUAAACAAUUAUGAGUGUAAUUCCUUAUCUAAAGAAAAGGGCAUACAAGAAAAUAAAAAAUAUUUUUUAAGAGAAAAACAAAGUAAUAUCUUUACAGAAAAUAUUUUAUGUUAA